ACGAGUAGCAUCAUUUUGCUACUAUACUAAAACGCACAAAGUUCCUCCAGUAAAAAAAAACGGAAGGUGAAGAAGACUGAAGUGAAAUUACCUGGUGCGGUGGUGCAAAAUUUCUGCUGGCAUGUGGUUCCGUGUGACAGAUCCCGCUGGUGGUCACUGAAAAGAAAGCUCGUUUUCGGAGACUGACAAGAUCUAGUGGACUACUAAGAUCGAUUCUGCGGCAGGGCGACGACGACAGGGGAGUGACAACGAAGUGAGAUCAAACUUUCGAUCCAGAAUAACAAAAACAACAACAGCAACGGCGAGCAAGAUGUUCGUGACAAUCAAGUCGUCCUGCGUCAAUCCGAAAAACCUGUUUUGCUUUGUGUGCGGGAACUACACUCCGUCGCACCACAAACGCUCCAUCAUGACCAUUCCGAUCAUGGAAGCGUACGAGGCGUACUUCAAAGGUGGCCGUACCCAGAAGGAGGACUAUGUCCACGGGCCGGCCUCCGUCUGCAACGACUGCAACCAAGGUUUGCUGCGGUGGAAAAAUGGCCAAAACCCGCGCCAACCUGCGGUCCCGUUCAUAGUUCCGAUGAUCUGGAAAGCCCCCAGCAACCACACCACCGAUUGCUACUUUUGCCUCACGAAAACCGUCGGCGAAGGCAAAAAACGGUUCGCCCAGUACCCACCCUCUCUGCCAUCCGCGACGCGGCCAAUCGCCUGCGAACCGGACAUCAACCCUACCCAUCCCACAUCGCCACCUUCCCUCCUUAUCAAAAAACCCACCCCCCUCACAGACAAUCCGUCCCCGCUCCCCACCCCCAACUGGACCGUCAGCGUGAAAAAGGUCAAACUCAACGGCCAACAGCAGCAGCAAAUCCCGACAAUGCCCCUUGCGGCGGCGGCAACCCACCAGCCACAGGUCAAGCAGCAGCGCCAGAUCAAGGUCAAGUCGGAUGCCCAGCUGAAGCAGCUGCCGGUUAUGGCCCCGGCGAGGACGCCACCCCAGCCGUUGAAGGUGCAGCAGCAGCGCGCGGUCGGAAUUUUGCAGCAGCAGGUUCAUAUGGCACAACAACAGCAGCAGCAGCAGCAAAUGCAGCGGACACCUACGGCCGGCGGCACGGUUAUGCAAGUUGGGGCAGGGGCGGGCAUUCCACAGCUGGAGAAUCGACAGCAGCAACAGCAGACGAAGCCGAUUGUGCCGAUUUACACACUGCUGCAGAACGAACCGAUCACCAUCGAGAUCGACGAUGACGAACCCGAAGUACGGAACAAAACCAUCCCAGUGACAUCGCCGCCUCCGCCACAACUGCAGUCGGUCGCCAACAAGCUCAACGCCGCCGCCGCCACCACCCCACGGACAAAUGGUGUCCCCACCAUACUCCGGAAUGGGGCACUACGCUCACAACAGCAGCUGCUGCAGCAACACCAUCAGCAGAUGACGACGACGCCGCAGCGCAAAGUGACUCCCCCGGCGGCGGCGGCGGCUCACAAUGUGGUGUCCAGUACGAGCACUCCGACGCCACGGCGGCCACACCUGCUGACCGACGCGGACCUGAUUGGGCUGAUUCAGGACCUGCAGCUGCAGAAGGACAAGGCGGCCCUGCUGAUCAACCGGUUCCGGCAGUGGAAUCUGUUAGAUAGCAGUUGUCUCCUGGAUACGACCAUCGCGGCAAACGGAACGCAGGGCCCGGUCAGCAGGGGAACUGAGUUCAAGCGACGGUCCAUCAAGGACACCGGUGCCGUUGUCGGUUCGCCGGCGAUGCUGGUCCACUCGACCAGCAACUCCGUCAAACGGAAGCACCAGGAGCUGUGCUAAAGGAAAAUACUCACACACACACACACAUUGAUCUAUCCUACCGUAUAAGGCUGAGAGCGUAACGAAACAGAUUCCUACAAACAAAAAGAAGGCAAACUCUGUGCACAAGAGAUCUGAUAGUAUUAUAUACUUUAUAUAUUUGAAGCGCUAGUUGAUAAGAUCCAAAAAGGUACUUACCCUUAGAAGAGGUUUGAACAAACGUUUUUUCCGAUGUAAAUUAAAAUAUUUUAGCUGUGUGCCAUUGGCAACUUUUUCUUACUCUUCGAUGGCACGUGUUGUGCGAACAAUAAAAUCGAAAUAAAAUCGGCAUCAUUCCGAAAUACGUGUGUAAAUUGACUGCUCAACACUGUUGUUUUAAAUAACUCACAAUCAAUUGAAAACUUGUCGUACCAUAUCAAG